UUCCCUUCCAUUCUUCGAGCGGCUAAUUAUCCCAACAACGGUAACUGGGCUUGUGUGGUUGUCGCGUUGUUCUAGCGCCGCUUGGACAUCCAGACCCUUCCACCACACACAGCGAACCACUAACAAGCAAAAGUGCCACUUUUCAAGGUUUCUUUGCUUUGUGGGACGCUAUGUUACAGCGUAGUUAGUUCAGCAAGCGAGGUGUCAUCAUCCUGACAUCCUCAACGCUUGAUCCCAUUGUUUUGCAGGGCAAAAAAGCCCCCUAGCGCCUUUUGUGAUGGAUUUCAGGCUGCAGGGAGAGCUUGAUACGCCAUGGCGCUGCCCGCCAAAAGCCCUAUUACAGCGUACACAGGAAUAUUGAAAAGGCGCUGCCUGAAUGGGAAUAAAGGAGAAAUGCUUGAUUUAAGCCUUUUAAUUUUCUUACGAAGCAAUUUUACCGCCCGGACUAGCUUGAAUCCACUUGGCCGGAGCCCGAAAAGUUAUCUCAAAUCUCGCCUUUUGAUCUUUUUAUCUCCGCUCCGAUCUAUUAGUCCUCAAAGAGCUAUUUGCCGAUGUUUCCGAGCUCAGGAGCCAGGCUGUUGAAGCACCAGCAAGCCAAUCAAGCUCUGCCAGUGGGACGGAAAAUUCAGGAAUCGACCAAGCUGAAAUUAGGCAAAGGUGGUCCAACAAAAAUGGGUACGCUGAAUCCAACGGCCUCCAAGCCAACAACGCCACGGUCGAAACUUUGGCUUCUCUCAACAAUCCUCAGCACAAAGAUUUCGAACCAACCAUCUUUCUGACGUGGGAUUUCAAUGAUAUCAAGCUUCCCCGCCUUCUAAAUGACUAUUUAUUAGAGCCGUAUGUCAAUUUUGGCCGCAGUGUAGUCCGUGUCGAGACAGAUGUGGUAAUGCUCACGCAUCUCCUACUCUACUUUGCUACAUCCGUCCCAAGUGCACUUUUCCUGUUCUACCGCUUCAAUUGGAUCCAUGGAGUCCUGCACUGGAUCAUGCAAUCCUACUACGUGGGAACAUAUACUCUCAUGAUGCAUCAACAUAUUCACAUGGGAGGCAUUCUUGCUCGAAAAUACUCAUGGUUUGACAAGUUGUUCCCCUACAUUACAAACCCGCUGAUGGGCCACACUUGGAAUUCUUAUUAUUACCAUCACGUCAAGCACCAUCACGUCGAGGGCAACGGGCCUAACGACCUCUCUUCCACCAUUCGAUAUCAGCGGGACGACUUGGGUGAUUUCCUCUGCUACGUUGGUCGAUUUAUGUUCUUCAUCUGGCUGGAGCUACCUCUGUACUUCCUCCGCACAUCAAAGACACAAUUAGCCAUAAAGGCUGCAUUCUGGGAAAUUUCAAAUUACCUUGCUAUUUUGCUCCUCCUCACAGUUAAUUGGAAAGCUACGUUGUUCGUAUUUGCGCUGCCACUCUUACAAUUACGAGUGGGAUUGAUGAUUGGCAACUGGGGCCAGCAUGCCUUUGUUGAUGAAGUCGAUCCAGAUUCCGACUUUCGCUCAAGUAUCACACUGAUAGAUGUUGCUAGCAACCGUUUCUGUUACAAUGACGGCUAUCACACAUCUCACCACCUCAACCCUCUGAGGCACUGGCGGGAACAUCCCGUCGCUUUUCUCAAGCAGAAAAAGCGCUACUCUGAGGAACAUGCGCUGGUAUUCCACAACAUUGAUUAUAUCAUGUUAACCGUCAAGUUGAUGCAGAAGGACUAUGGGCACUUGGCAAAAUGCCUUGUUCCCAUUGGUGAGCAAGUCCAUAUGAGCUUGGACGAAAUUGCCUCGAUGCUUCGAAGAAAAACGCGUCGAUUCACUGAAGAGGAUAUUAAAAACAAGUUCAAGGUGAAUAAAUAG